GUACAGACGACGAGCAACGAGGGCACAGAACCUCAGCCACAUAAACUGCUCCGUCAAUACUCAUCUGCAGCCACUUCUGGUAUCCUAGGACAAACCCUCUCUGUUCCAACACGAAGCGUCUCGCCGCCUCGGGAGGUUCGCCGGCCAGCGGCGAGAAGGAAGCGAGGCAGCGGCCAUGGCUCGCCUUUCGCGGCUCUACCUCCUCGCCUACAACUCCCUGCAGGCCAUCGGAUGGUCCGUCGCCCUGCUCCGUCUCCUCCCCUGCCUCGCCCCUCCCGUCUCCGUCCGCCCCGCGUACGCCGCCGCCGGCGACCUCAUAUGCUUUCUGCAGACCUGCGCGGUUCUUGAGACCGUCCAUGCCGCCGUCGGAUUGGUACCCACCUCGCCGUUUCUUGUUUUCCUGCAAUGGGGAGGGAGGACACACUUCAUCCUCGCCCUUCUCCGGCAAACCCCUGAGGUUCAGGGCAGUCCCUCUGUGUUAAUAACGUUUAUGGCUUGGAGCAUAUCUGAGGUCAUUCGAUACUCUCACUAUGCUCUGACUACGUUAAAAGUUUGUCCAGCAUGGCUGACUUACCUCAGUGUGCCUACAAAGACACUUUUCCUUAAUCUUGUAAUCCACUGUUGUGCUCUACUCUCCUUGCCAUGUCUGCAUGCAAUGUGGACUAUGUACCAAGCUCUUCCAUUUGUAAAGGAGAGGGACCUCUACUCAGGCUUCUUUGCAAAGUUCUCCAUGAGCUACCAUUCUUUUCUGGUGGGUGUGCUGCUGUGCUAUCCACUGCUGUGGCUGAAGCUGUACCUGCAUGUGUUCAAGCAGCGCAAGUCCAAGCUGGGAAAGGUGGACAAGAAGAAACGGGCAUGAGGCAAGCAGAUUUUUGGGAGGGUAUUGCAGCUGAAGCAGUUGCGGCGCUUGGCUGGGUUGAACAACAACUUACUAUACUGCCAGCAGAUUACUGUGGCUGUCUACCUUUGGAACAACAACUUAUUAUACAACUAGCAGAGUACUAAUCUCAAAUAUUUUUGAGAGUAAUUCAGUUUGCCCAUUUUGGAGGUUAUGUGCACUGAGAGCAAAUAGGUGUAUACUUCUUUUCUAUGAGAAAACGGUUGGACAGUAGAUCAGGCCUUAUGAGAAAGGCGAGGAAGGCCCAUAGCUGCCUUUUGUUUUUUGUACUUCAAUUUGAUAUAGUGAAUUUCCAUCAUUGCACA